CAUUUAUUCUUUUUAUCCUUUCAUUCAUUCAUUUAUUUCUAAAUGCCUGACCACAAACGUGCUGAUUUUCCACCUUCGAAGCUAGUGCGCAUGCGCAGACAUGGCAGCUGCCAGCGAGCGUCUCCUCAGAUCCGACACUUCAGAUAUUUAGGAAAAUAAAAACCCUGAGCUGCCACAUGUUGGGCUGGACAGUCAGAGCCGUGAUGGAGUAAACAACCGGCAGCGGGGAAACUGAUCUGAUCUGGAUGGAACCGACGGGUCUACGAGACGUUUUCAAAUGUAUAACACUAUCCAUUGCAGCAAUGGAGGAUAUUGGUCUCCUCCCCAAACCCACCAAUGACCCCCCUGUUCACAGACCCACAGUCACUGAGACUCUGGGGCUGCACCACAUCCCACCAGAUCAUCUACAUGUCUCAGAUGCAAGCAGGAAAUCUGACAUGGACAGAGAUGGACCAUCCAAAAAAAGGUCCCACUCGAUGAUAACAGCAGAGCCGCAGAUGAUUCCCCAGUUUCCUGUACAGAGCCCACUGCCUCUGGGUACUGACACUACACUUCUUAAUACAGCUGCUAAAAAUGGAAGCUCUAAUUUGGAUAAAGCAGGGGCCUCCAGAAAAACACCCAAAGCCAAAAUCGCAGAUCCAACAAAGUGGAAGCAAAACAAGCAGAAACAGCUGAGGAUGGAGGGAAAAGAAUACUUAAGCAAAAGGAAAAAAGACGGCGAGAUUGUGACAAAACAGCCAAGAGCAGUUGGACCAAGGUGCACCUCGAAUGCCUGCAAAAAGGCAUCAAACCGGCUUUGCAAUGAAAUCAACGAAGAAACCAGGAAGAAGGUGUUCGACGAGUUCUGGCAGCACAUGAACUGGGCUCAGAGGAAACUGUACGUAGCAGGACAGGUCGACCGUGACCCCGUGGAGAGAUCUCGAGCGGUGGGAUCACAGUCAAGAAGAUCGGUUUCACUCCGUUAUCACCUGAUGGUGGACGGCAAAAGGAAACAAGUAUGCAAAAACAUGUUCCUGUCCACUCUGGGGAUAGGAGAGUGGUCUGUGCUCAACUGGGCGCAGAGAGGAACAACAAAAAAGGCUGAAGCGAAUGAAAACAAAUUAGAAAAGAGGCCGACUGUCGCUCAGUGCUCACGACAGAAUCCUCCUCCUUCUGCAAUCAGUCACACUGUGGACGUCAAUCAGGAGCAAGUGAACGUCACUGAUAAAGACAAAAACAGGGCAUCAGAACCAGAGGCGUCAGCCAGAAAGAAGUCUCGAGUUGCCAAGCCCCUAACGUGGAAGCAAAAUCGACAGAAGCAACUUAGAAUGGAGGGAAAACCUUAUAUUAGCAAACGAAAGAAAGAUGGGACGACCGUAACUAAAGCUCAGAGGACAAUAGGACCAAGAUGCACGUCCAGUGCUUGUAAAAGGGCCUCCAACCGCUUCUGUGCUGACUUCAAUGAGGAAGCGAGGCACGACCUUUUUACUACUUUCUGGCAGUGCAUGAACUGGUCUCAGAGAAAGAUCUACGUGGCCGGACUAGUUGACUGUGACCCGGUGGAAAGAACCCGAGCACCGUGGACUCAGUCGAGAAGAUCGGUCUCGAUGCGAUACCAUUUGAUAGCUGACGGCGACAGAAAACAAGUUUGCAAAAAGAUGUUUCUUUCCACUUUGGGGGUUGGAGAGUGGUCAGUGCUUAACUGGGCACAAAACGCAUCCCAGCAAGGGGAUUCAGAGGAAAACACAAAGAAGCAAACGCAGAGGAAGUCUCGUAAAGCCUCAGAACAUAUAGUCCUGAAGGAGUUCCUGGAGAGUUUACCUAAAGUGCCCUCUUACUGUUGCGGGACGUCCAUCUCCAAGCUGUAUCUGGAGCCAGUCUUCUCCAACAUGUCCGACGUGUACAGGCACUACUACAACCACUGCUUAGAGAGGAAGACGACACCGCUCUCUCGGCAGGUUUUCUGUGCGGUAUUUAAAAAGAUGGAUUUGGGAUUGUGCGACCCCAAAAGGGAUCAGAGUUGUACUUUUGGUGCGACAGGAAACUUGUUUAAUGAGCUUUGGGAGGAAUACUGCAUGGAAAGAGGAGCUUCGGGGCCACAACUAGAGAAAGCGGGUAACCAGUAGAAAAGGAGCUAUGUUGGAGUUCUCUGCCAAGUUUCAUUCAAGACUUUGCCAAAACGACUCUGUACUUAACGAUCUUAAUUAUAUCCCGUUAAGCAUAGACACUAGUUGCUUCUUCCAAGCUCACACUGUCUGAAUCCGUCCAGUUGUCUUUAUGCAGCUGUGGAAUUGUUUAAGCACUACAUGCAUUUUGUCCAAGUUGUUCUUUACAAUUUAACAAUUUGCAAUUAACUAAAACAUAUUAAUCUGACAAUUUUCUGUUUUGAAUUUCAAUACAUGUGAAAAGCCAAAGCCAAAUGUCUGAAAGGACUCAACACUACAAAACUACUCAAUCUAUUUGUUUUUGUUUAUCUACCUCUGUUCUUGACAAGGAGCCAUUCGGGCCCAAAGUUUCUAUUUUCUUCUAUUUUCUUCUGUGACUUUAGAACAAAUAAGAGAAGCACUGUAGAUUCCUGUCAGAGGCAGAGCAUUCACAGUCAAGUUUCUGGACUCAGCAGGACAAAGCUUGUGUUUGAAUGUGCUUCUACGCUUGUUUGAAAAGAUCAAAUUCACACUACGCCGUCACCCUCACACAAUACAGAAUAACGGCUCUUCCAACAGCUCAGACAACACAUAAUGUGGGUUUUUUUUCAAGUUGAGCCACUGUAAGAACUACAAAUACACACACACACACACACACACACA